AUGGAUCUAAGCAAUGCAAUCCAAGGCUACUUCCAAGGCCACUCCCUUCCUCACUACUUCAGCUUAUCCAACAUUGUUCUCAUUCCCAAGACAGUUGAUCAUUUUAAAUCGAUUCAAUACAAACCUAUCAGCCUCACUACUGUCAUCGGUAAAAUCAUAAGAAAAAUCAUUCUAGGAAGACUUCAACCCCAUUUAUCCAAUAUUGUCACACCCAACCAAGCUAUUUUUGUCAAAGGCAGGUCCAUUGCUGAUAUUGUCCUUCUUGCACAAGAAAUCUUCCUUGAUUUGGAUAAACCCUACAGAGGUGGAAACCUAUUCUACAAGCUGGACAUUAGAAGAUGGCUGAAUGAUAAUGCACAUUUCAUUUUCACUAAUGGGCGGUCACAUGGAUGCUUUACAGCUUCUAGGGGAUUACAGCAGAGAGAUCCUCUAUCCCCCACUAUUAUCAUCCUAGCUAUGGAUUAUCUAUCCAUAUUGCUGAACAAAGCUAUCUUAUCCCACCAAUACUCCAGGUAUCAUCAUGAAUCUAAUUUGGAUAUCUCACGUCUCAUAUAUGCAGAUGCUUUUAUGAUUUUUUCUGAAGCCAACAAAGCGGUUAUGAAGAAG